AGGGCUUUCUGCAAGUCACCUGCGCCCCGUUGCGACCUCUCUGUGCGCGCACUCCUGCUCUUCGGGACGCGACCGUGUCUGCACACGCAGGUUACGAAAUGCCUGGACGCAGGAGUUGGUGUUGACGUCAUAUACUUAGUGCUGCAUCUUUCCCUGAUUCAGCAUUACCCCCAGUGCGACUGCUGCCCUGGACAGAAGGUUUCCAGCACCGCGGAGUCUCUUUGCAUCUGUGUGGAGGGGGAAUGUGCUGAGGGGAGCAACAAGACCUAGCAUCAGCUUCUUGCUCGGGUGAGGGUUGUAGGGAAGAAAAGAUUAAGAUGUAAGGAACCAGCUUCAGCCUCGUCCCCCGCAGCCAAUGGCCAGGGCUGCGCUGCAGCGGGAAUCCCGGGGCCUGGGCCCGGCUCGCACGGCCCCAUCUCCCCCCGCACCAUGCAGCAACCCUGCAGCACCCUGCGGGCUGCGCUGUGGCCCAUUGCACCUGUCACCGUGCAGGAGCCCCUGCAAUGUCUGUGUGCAGUGGCUGCAAGAGCUGCAAAGGUGGUGCCAGGCUCCCGACUAUGGGUCUUGCUGCUGCUUGUGAGCACUGCAGCCAUGCCAGGAACCAGCACUGGCUUCCACUGCUACCGUCACCUCUACAUGGGGGUGUCGGAUCCCAGCCCGGGCGUGCCCUAUUUCACUGCCAUGAGCUAUGUGGACGACCAGAAAAUUCUCCACUACAACAGUGAGACGCGGAGACAGGAGCCAUGCGAGGACUGGGUGCAGGGCACUGUUGGACCAGACUUCUGGGACAGGGAAACCAGGAGCUUGUGGGGCUGGCAGGGGGGAUUUCAAUCAAACCUGGUCACCCUGCGGUAUCGCUACAACCAGACCGGCGGGUCUCACAUACUUCAGCUCAUGUACGGCUGUGAGCUCCACGAAGACAACAGCACUGGAGGGUCCAUGCGGUUUGGCUACGAUGGGGGAGACUUCAUCAGCUAUGACCUGAGAACACGCACCUGGGUAGCAGAAACAACACAGGCCCAGGUCACCCAGCGCAGGUGGAAUGAGGAUAAGGCCCUUCUUCAGGAUGCAAGAGCCUACCUGGAGGAGACCUGCACCACGUGGCUGCGGAAGUACCUGCAGCACGGGGAGGCAGCACUGCAGAGCAAGCAUCCCGUGGCACAGGUGAGCGACAGGCUGUCCUGGGACAGACGCACCAUCCUGUCCUGCCGGGUCCACAGCUUCUACCCCAGAGACGUGGCUGUCGUCUGGCUGAAGAACGGGGAGGUGCAGCCCCAGGAAACGAACUGCUCGGGGGUCCUUUCCAGUGGAGAUGGGACCUACCAGACCUGGGCCACCAUCGAGAUUGACCCAAGCAGCAACCACAACUACACCUGCAGUGUGGAGCACGAGAGCCUGGGUGCAGCCCUGAGAGUGGCCUGGGACAAGGGCAGGACGGAGUCCAACCCGAUGCAGAUUGAAGGCAUUGUUAUUGCUGUCGGUGUCAUUGCGCAGCUUGUUGCCAUGGCAGGCGCAGGUGUUUGCUGCGUCAAGCGGGCAGGACGGACAGCAGAACAUGGAGCAGCGCACAAUGAAGCAGCACCCGCCCAAGAAGCCGCGGAGAGGGAAGCCUUCGAAGUCGUGGAGAAGAAAGCUGUGGAGAGCGAAGCCUCUGAUGCCAUGGAGAGGGAAGCCUUGGAAAGCAAAGCUUUGGUGAGCAAAGCCUCGGCGAGCUCCGGAGCAGCUGAAGUCUCACCACGGCACGUGGGCCAACUCGACUGUGAACACUGAGCCUGGAUGUUAACCUCCUCCUUUCUGCUGAACCAGAAGCUGAUAACUGUUCCCAAAACACGGUGUUUUUUUCUAAAUAAGUAACUGCUUACGUGUGACAAACGAAUGAUCGACAUCUUUCUGUUUCUCUCAAGGUUGCUUUGUCUGAACCCUGCAUCUUUUGUCGCUGUCUAAAGUAUAAAUACGCUUGUAAACUUGUAGAGGUCAGAGUUCCUUUGAGAGCUCUCCCUGCGAUCAUUUGUAUAGCUUUAAAUAAACCUGGAUGGCUCUGCCAAUUCUAAUACAA